CUGAAAAGCCGUUCACAUCUUCAAUAACGAACACCAGCUCUUGCUGACCUUCUCGUGCAUCACCGGCCGGAGCGCCUAGCGUCCUCAGCGCCAAAAACAUCGCGCCACCAAGCAGUCACAAAGACAAUCUUUCCACUUCCAAUCCACAGGCAUUCAAACGCUCUCACUACGAUUUACACGAUGGAUGCCACUUCCGCUUUAAAGAUUGUUUUCAAAGUGCGCCGCUGGUUAUCCAAAUCGCGACCAUCCAGGCCCGAUGCCAAUAGCCCCAACCUCACCCAACCCACCGACACGUUUCCCUUCCUCCGUCUCCCCAGCGAGAUCCGCAACAUGAUCUACCGCGAGCUCCUCCUCUGCACAUACCCCCUCAUCAUGUUUUUCCGCAGCGCCUUCUGGUUUGAAAAUUCUACGCGAGCCUACCCCGCCAUCCUGCAAAGUAACCGCCAGAUCCACGACGAAGCCGCUGCCGUGUUGUAUGGUGAAAACACGUGGUUCAGCGUCGCUCCGCUGUUGGUUUUUCCGUCGUGGGGAGACGCUGCUCGCGGCCGGCGGGGUACGUAUGAUCUCCCUGCUAGCACGUCAGAGAUGUACAUAUCCAGGAUCCGGCGCUUUGUCUUGUUCCCGGAUGGCCCACCUAAUUGGAUGCGCGAUGGAGUUGUUGCGAGGGGGGAUGUGAGGACGAUGUUAAGGCGUAUGGGGUUUGAUCACGAGAACUUGACGCAUUUUGUUGUUGGAUGCUUGACGCCAAAGAUGUGCGAUGAAGUUGCGAGUGCGAAUGAAGAUUGGUUGGAAGAGGUAGAUGAUGAAGAUAUGAAGAGGAGGUAUGCGUGGUACAAGUAUGGAGAUCCGAAGCCAUCGCACUGGUUAGUUUUGAAGGAGUAGAGUAAGGCAACCAUUAGAUAUUAGCAGAUUCAACAAGUCAAG